AUGGAGCUCAACCUCAGCCUCCGGCGUGGGGCUGCUGGAGCUGGGGGUUCUGCUGGAGUUGGAGCUGGUGGUGCUGCGGGUGCCGUGUCGCGGCCGAAGCCUCCCUCCCCACAGCGGCUGCGUGAGUGGUACGCUCGGCGCUGCAGCCUCCGGAGCGGCGCUCCUAGCGCUGGGGUGCCGCCCGCUGGAGGCCCUGGUACUGCUGGAGGUACUGCUGGUGCUGGACCAGCUGGUGGUGCUGCCGGUGCUGGUACUGCUGGAGGUGCUACUGGUGCUAGAGCUGCUGGAGCCGCUGGUCCUGGAGGUGCUCGUACUGGAGGUACUGGAACUGCUGGGACUGGAGCUGCUGCGGGAGUUGGAGCUGGAGGUGCUGGGGCUGCUGGAGCUGCUGGUGGUGCUGCGGGAGUUGUAGCUGGAGACCCUGGGGCUGAGGGUGCUGGUGCUGUCUCUGCUGGUUCAGGAGGUGCUGCGCGGCCGCGGCCGUACUACGUUCCGCUCCUUCAGCAGGUUCUUAGCCUCCCUCCCUCUACUAAUCCUACUCCUCCCCUACUAAGUCCACCGCCUGUCCAGUCGCAGUCACAGUUACAGCCUACCUCUCCGCUGCCUGGUCCUUCUCCUUACGCUGGGCCGACUAGAGGUCUUACGGAGCGACGUGAGCCUGAGUCUCGUCUUGUGUCGCCUGAGUCUCGUCCUGCGUCGCCUGAGUCUCGUCCAGAGUUGCAUGUCCGCGCUGUCCGCACUGGUCGUCGUGUUCUGCAUGAGCGUCCUCCUCCUGUCCCUGGCACUCACUAUAUGACUCUGCGUCCUUCCACUGCUCCACAGCGUGUCCCUCUGCCGUCUCCUCCUGCGUCCUCUCUUCCUGACGGUCCGGACCCGGAGUCUGACUCCCUUCGUGCUGCCAGUCCUACUGUCACGCGUUUCCUCGCCACUGUUGUCACUGACCCUACCUUUGAGUCCACUGCUGCGUCUGCUCUAGUCGCUGAGCUUGGAGACCCGGAUGCACCGAACAUCCCGACCCCGCGCUCUUACGCAGAGGCGAUAGAGGGUCCCUACUCCUCUCAGUGGCAGUCAGCCAUGGACGCAGAGAUGGCUUCCUGGAAGUCCACAGGCACCUACGUCGACGAGGUUCCCCCCCCUGGGGCGAACAUCGUCAGUGGCAUGUGGAUUUUCAGGGUGAAGCGGCCGCCGGGUUCUCCGCCUGUCUUCAAGGCGCGUUACGUUGCACGAGGCUUCAGUCAGCGUGAGGAAGUUGACUUCUUCCAGACCUUCUCCCCUACCCCGAAGAUGACCACUCUUCGGGUUCUGCUGCACGUCGCCGCUCAGCGUGACUACGAGCUCCACUCUCUUGACUUCAGCACUGCUUUCCUACAGGGCAGCCUGCACGAGGAGAUCUGGCUGCGCCGCCUACCUGGCUUCACUGGGUCGUUUCUUGCUGGUACCCAGUGGAGCCUCCGGCGGCCAGUCUACGGUCUCCGCCAGGCACCCCGUGAGUGGCACGACACGCUGAGGACUACUCUUGCUGCUCUUGGGUUUGCUCCUUCUACUGCUGACCCGUCGCUGUUUCUACGCACCGACACCACUCUGCCGCCGUUCUACGUUCUCCUGUACGUGGACGACUUGGUCUUUGCUACUGCUUGUCAACGGGAGUUGUGUUUGGCCCCGUCCUCGCUUGGGCGGAGCCGACUUCGUGGUCGGAUGUGA